AAACAAAGCAGGCCACCAAACCAACUCCAUCUUCGUUGAGUAGAUGAAGAAAAAGAAAGUGGGCGCUUCACACAGAUUAACAUAACAUACUCUGCUUUCUUCAACUACUGGUUAAAAGUUUUUGUAAUUACCAUUCCCAAAAGGCAAAACUCAUGUCUCUUCUUCAUCAUCAUCAUAGCUCUUGAUUCUCCAAUUUCUACCAAUUUUCCAUCACCACCACCAUGCCCUCUCGCCCGAUGCCGCCGGACCAGCCGCUAACGCCGCCGCCGCCGCACCACCGCCACCGCCUCCUCCCCCCACUUGCCGGCGGUGUCGCCGCCGCCUUCUCCCUCCUCAUCCUUCUCACUGUUUGCCUCCGCAAAAUCAUCCGCAAACGAACCGUCCCUUCCGACUCGAAGCCCCCACACCGCUUCUCCUACUCCGUCCUCCGCCACGCCACCUCCUCCUUCUCCGCCGACCACCGCCUCGGACAGGGCGGCUUCGGCUCCGUCUACCGCGGAGCUCUCACCACCCACAACGUAGAAAUCGCCGUGAAGCUCAUGGACGCUGGUUCUCUUCAAGGCGAGCGCGAGUUCCAGAACGAAAUCUUCUUCGCCGGAAAGAUCGAUUCCAAUUACAUCGUCUCCGUCAUUGGCUUCUCCUCCGAUCGAAAGCGACGCCGUAUGUUACUGGUCUACGAGCUCAUGAGUAAUGGAAGCUUGCAAGAUUGCUUGCUCCAUCGCAAGUGUGAGGAGUUGAAGAAGUGGAACAAGCGUUUCGCGAUCGCAAUCGAUAUAGCAAAAGGUUUGGAGUAUCUCCACCAUUUCUGUGAUCCUCCUGUGAUUCACGGCGAUAUAAAGCCGAGUAAUAUACUGUUGGAUCGGAAUUUCAGAGCGAAGAUCAGUGAUUUUGGUUUGGCAAGGUUGAAGCCGGAGGAUCAGUGUGAAAUUGCUGUAAUGAACGGUGGAUUUGAGGGGAAAAAGGUGUUGGAGUUUAAUGGUGGAGGCAGAGCUGAGGACAAUGGAUCUGUGGUUGAAGAGACGGAGAGUCUGACGACGAUGGGUUUAGACGAGUUCAACGUUGGUGUUAAUCACUCGCCGGAGAGUUUUGUUAGGGUUCCGAUCGCCGAGACUUCGCCGGAGAUGGUUAUGGGGUUGGAGGGAUCGCCAGAGACGGUUUUUGGGACUCUGGCAUCUCCUGAUACGGUUGAGGGAGCGUCAUUUUCACCGAUGGCAUCGCCGUCGGAGGGGAAUUUCGAUAGGGCCAGUGUGGGGAGUGGGGUGGAAAUGGUGAAUGGUGGUGGUGUCAAGAGGGGUGGGAAGCGGAUGAAGAGUAGUUCAGGGAAGGAUUGGUGGUGGAAACAAGAUAACGAUGGAACAGAGUCGGCUGUUGUGAAGGACUAUGUGAUGGAAUGGAUUGGCAGUGAGAUCAAGAAGGAGAGGCCGAAAAGUGAAUGGGUUGGAGCUCCUUCUUCGAGUUCAGGGCCGAUUGGAAAAUCAGAUAGAAAGAAGAAUAAGAAAAGAUUGGAUUGGUGGACCACUUUGGAUGAGGAUAAGAAUGUGAAGAAAGAGAAGAGGAGACCGGCAAGGGAGUGGUGGAAGGAGGAAUACUGUGAAGAACUAGCAAGAAAGAAAAAGAAAAAGCAGAAGAAACAAGAGUCGACAAGCGAUGGCAAUAAUAGUGAUAAUUUGUGGCCAAUGGAUGAAGAAUUAUAUGUUAAUAGAAAGAAGAAGAGGAGCAGGAGCAGAAGUAGUCGAGGUAGUGUGGACUGGUGGUUGGAUGGGCUUAGUGGCGAGCUUUGGAGAGGUCAUCGCAACAGCUAUGACUCUGCUAGUGGAGAGAUACCCAAAAGUGGUGGCAUUAGCAGCACACCGAGUAUGCGUGGAACUGUUUGUUACAUUGCCCCUGAGUAUGGUGGUGGUGGGGAUCUCUCGGAAAAAUGUGAUGUUUACAGUUUUGGGGUUCUAUUGCUCGUUCUAAUUGCUGGUCGAAGGCCACUUCAGGUGACUGGUUCACCCAUGUCCGAAUUCCAACGCGCCAAUCUUAUAUCCUGGGCACGUCAUCUGGCACGUGCAGGGAAGCUUAUUGAUUUAGUUGAUCAGUCUGUUCAAUCUUUGGAUAGAGAACAAGCUCUAUUAUGCAUUACUGUUGCGAUUCUCUGCCUUCAGAAAUCGCCUGCUCGCCGGCCUUCCAUGAAAGAAGUUGUGGGAAUGCUUUCUGGGGAGUUGGAAUCUCCCCAGCUACCAGUUGAAUUAUCCCCUUCUACUCCCUCCCGCUUUCCUUUCAAACCGCAUAAAAAGGUCCGGAAUUGGUGAAGGUCUGGUGACUGAUUAAUUAGAGGGCAGAUGGAAAAAAUGCAAACAUUCAGGUAUGGAUAUCACGGUAUUGACUCUUCAAUGUUUUCUGUUCUGUUGUGUGGUUUUUGCCAAUAUAUUAUUUUUGGGAUCUAUCUCUUAAUCAUGCAGCAGAGACCAUGGGAACACAACAUCACUUGGAGGAUAGUGGGAUAUGAGGCUUUGACUACACUAUAUUCCCAUACUUCAGACAGCUUGAAGUUUCCAGCGUGUUAGAGUGCUUAUCAUGUUGGAGGCUUGCAGCAAUCAAAUUUAUGCACAUAAACACAGUUAAUCACGUAGUUCAAAAACAAAAAUGUACACCAAUUUGUAGUGUAGUAAGAAAUGACUAGUAAUCAAACAGAAGUAUUUUUUCUUGGCCAAAUUACUAUGUUGGGUGGAGAACUAUGAACAGAUGAGACCAAAGUAACAUAAACCUACAACGCUUGAGCUCUUGAAGGCCUUGUUCCAGAUUGUUCAACACUACCUUGCACUCUUCUUGGCCUGCAAUUAAUGGUGGUAUGGAUUUGAUCAUUGAUCAACUUCUAUGACUUUGUGGUCUUAAAAUUAUCACUUGCAAAUGUAAAUCAGCUAUAUUUUACGAACAUUGAGAGACAUGUUCCACUUUAUCAGCAUUUAAAGUUUCACCAUUAGUGUUUAGUCCUUGCAUCUUGAGCCAGUAAUGUGCUUCUCCGAGACAAAAAGACUCAGAAGAUUAUUGUGUUACUAGUUGUAAGGUUGUGAUUUAAUCAGAUUCAUAAAUCCUAACAAAAAUAUGAA